AUGGCAAUUGUUAGCAUUGCGGGCCUCUUGGCGAGCUAUAAAUCAUCAGAGAGCAAAGAUAUGUGGGAAAGAGUUCGCAGGUCGAUUGGUUCUCAGAUGGAGAGCCACCCAACCCUUGAGGGGAUGAAGCAGAUUGUUACUCUCAGCUAUAACCACCUGCACUAUUAUCUCAAGGGUUGCAUGAUGUACCUUAGUAUUUUCCCCGAGGAUUAUAUAUUCGCCAAGAAUCGGCUCUUGAAGAGAUGGAUCGCAGAAGGACUGGUUGCUGAGCGGGGUUUGACCUUAAUGGAGGUUGCAGAAGCCUACUACAACGAGUUGGUGAGUAGGAGCAUGAUUGAUCGGGCUGAUGAUAUAGUCACUAACUACGAUGGGAGGGAGGAGAGGUGCCGGGUACACGACAUGGUACUUGAGGUCAUGGUGUCCAAAUCCCUGGAGGCUAACUUUGCUAGCCUAGUAGGUGGCCCAUACGAAGGUAUGUCGUACGGUAGCAUUCGUCGCUUGGCCAUUCAUGGCGGAGAAGAUUUAGCACCCGUGGACCCUCCAUCCAAUAAAAUUGCAGCAUCACAUGAUAGGAAGAAUGGCAUUGAGGGGCUGAAGAUGGAGCAUGUCCGAUCACUGAGCAUGUUUGACCUCAAAGGUCAAAAACAGGUGCUUGAUCGUCUGGACGAGUUCAGCCUGCUCAGGGUACUUGAUCUGGAAGACUGCAUGGGCAUUGAAGACAAGCAUCUGAGGCAUGUCUGCCGGAUGUACCUGCUAAGGUUCUUGAGCAUGAAAGGUACAAAUAUCGGAAACAUGCCUGAAGAAGUCGGUGAGCUAGAGAAUUUAGAGACACUUGAUGUUCGUGAUACAAAGCUUACAGAUUUACCGGCAACUGUGUCAAAUCUAGAGAAACUGGAACACCUGCAAAUGUACCACAAGGAAUACAUUUACCAAAAGUCUUGGAUUGCACGCAGGGGCCUGGGUAGGAUGAAGGCACUGCGGAUGGCGAAUGCAGUAACUUUUGGAGGUGAUGCUGAUGCCGCAAAAGGGCUCGGUGAACUGCAACAGUUGAGAGAGUUACGUCUAAUCAUGGACGUCAAAUAA